AAUUGUGUAGUCAAAAAUCUGGCUGCUGUUAGUGACUUAAAUUUGAAAAAUGGAGAACACUGAGACUUUUAAAAAAAGACCCGGUACAAGUGACAGAGGAAAAGAUUAUGAAGAUGUGGUUCUCGCCAAUGUUGUACUAAGACUAUUAAACGACCCCGGAGUAAAAACGUUCCAAAUUUCAUCAAACGAUAACGAUUUUGGGACGUUUGAUGAUCUGGUCAUUAAACUUGCAUCGGAUAAGGAAAACGACAUUCAAGUAAAAGCGGUGCAGUUGAAACAUGCCGAGACGAAAAAACUCACUGUAGAAGAUUUGCGAACCGUAAAAGGAAAGUUAAGUAUUAGAAAAUACUUUCAAAGUUACAAAGAAAUUAAGAAAAAUAUAGAUGAGUUAAUUUUGUUCACAAAUAGCCCGUUUAACCCUCCCAACAACGAAACAUUCCAACUUAAGGGCGAAGGAUUUUACGUCAAGCUUAUUAAAAAAGAAGUUAGCUCAGACAUUUCAGAAAAUGUUGGUCACGUUUAUCAGUUUGAAAUAGUAGAUGAUCAAUCGACAGCAAAGGAUUUUCAAAGAAUUCAAGAAUAUCAGGAAUUUUUUCGCAAGUUUUUUGUCUAUACCGACCAAGAAAAUUGUGAUACUUUAAAAAAAAUAACCGCUAACAAAUUCAAGACAACAUAUUGUUCAGAUGACGAAACAUUCGGUAAAUUCCUCAGAACAGUUGCUGAGUGGAGCGCCCAAGAUGGGAAUAAAGAAAAGAUAGAUAAAAAGUGGGCACAGCUUGUACUUGCGCUGCAUCUGCUGUCCUCUCAUACUGAGUCUCUAUUUUUCGGUCCAGUUGAUGACAAAAUGAAAAUUUUUCGGGAAGCGAUUUCCUUCUUUGAUGUCACACUGAUUGAAGACAAAUCGGUCGAAACGGUUAAGCAACUGUGGGGUGAUGUUGGAAAGGAAAAAAGUAUUAAUUUUGAGCAAUUAAAUAAAGUUAGAAGGAGAUAUCUACCUACUCUCGCACAUAUUAAUGCAAACGACAUCGGCACCAUAGAUCCCAAACCGUUCACUCAACUGUUGUGGCUAACGGCCGAUUGUCCAUUAAUUUUACGUGAAUGGGAAAAGAUGAAAAAUAUAUUACAGCUGUGUGCCGAUAAAAAAUUCGUUUUGGUUGGCGGAACUAAAGAUGAGGAAUGGAUGAAAAAGUAUUCCGUGUUUCAAAAUUUGUCAGACUUGAGUUUGAAGCACGAAAUUCUAAAUAUAAUGCAAAAUUUUACCAUUUCCAUUCAGGGAAAGGGCGAACUUGAUCUUGUAACAUCUUUUGGCAGCAAUGAAGAUAUUUUCAAAAAUGUUUCAACUGAUACCCUCGUCGAAAUGCUGAACGGUACAUGUUGCAUAGGAGGAACAAAAGAAACACUAGCCGAACCUUAUAUAGAACGCUAUAUUUCGCGAAAUGUCGUUGAUAAUACAUAUUUAGAAAAAGUUCACGAAAACACAAUUAUUAUUUUAAAUUCUGCCAAUAAUUUAGACAAAGUUAAAAGCAUACUCGAUAAAUGUAAAUUAAUUGACAUUAAUAACUUCUUACUGAAAAAAAAUCAGAAUGGCGAAAAUCUAACAAAUAAUGACGUUAACGUUAAUGAACCGAACAGAAUUUACGUAGGUAACAGAAAAAAAAAACAGUUAAAUUCUAAUCUAAACGACAACAAAUAUAAUUCUCAUUUUGAUAAAUCAAGUUUUGCCAACACAAUUUACGUUGGUACUAGACAUUAUAAAAAUUCUGAACUUCAACAAAUUUAUAACGAGCACAAAGAAACAAAACAAUUUCAUUAUUUUAAAAUUUUGAAUGAUGGAAAUUUAGAAUGGCUAUGUAGCAGAGGUGAUGUUAGUGAUGUAGAGGCUUACAAAUUACCUGACGAACAUCCAACCGAAGAAAAUGCCUUGUGGUCUUCUCGGUUAGAUUAUAACAUCAAUCUUAUAAUUGGAGAUCCGGGAAUGGGUAAAAGUGAGCUAGUGAAAAGCUUAAAAAAUACAUGUUCUCGCGAAUAUUGGACCGUUUUAAUUAAUCCCAAGGAUGUUAAUUUAUUUUUUCGCAAUCCCAAUUUCUCUAAAACGGAAAAUUCUUCAGAUUUAUUUGUUAAAUUCAUCACAAAUAAAAAAUAUGAGUCUCUCAAAAAACUAGAUCUAAUGUUUUUCGAAAUGUGCAUAAAGAAAAACAACGUAAUUUACGUGUGGGACGCACUCGAUGAAAUCUUAAAUGAUAAAUUAGAUGCCGCUUUAAAUAUAAUUCUCCAUCUUUCAACAAAAGGGUUUCGUCAGUGGGUUACAAGCAGACGUCAUUUAAAAUCAACUCUAGAAAAUAAAUUCAAUUUGUUGUCACUUAGUAUAAAUCAAUUUAACGAACAAGAACAAGAAAAAUAUAUCAGAAAACGUCUAGAAUCUUUUAAUUCAGAAUACAACAUUGACGUAACGCUGGAGAAAAUUAAAUCAUCUUUUGCGAUUGUAGAACACAUAGAUAUACUAGGUAUCCCUCUGCAAAUAUUCAUGCUUACUGAACUGUUCCGUGAAAAUAGCGAAAAAUAUUUGAAACUUAUGGACAACACAUUCGUCUUGACUGACCUUUACGAAUAUUUUAUUCAGGAAAAAUUUCAUAAAUUUUACAAAGACAAAAUGGGAUACGAUUUAGAAAAUCCACAAUUGGAAAAUGUAAUCUGGCAAAAAAAACUAAAGGCUACAAAAUAUUACGAAAAUGUGUCCUUUAGAGUAAUAUUUGACGAAGAAAUUAUGCAGCGACUGAAUAUUAAUUACGAAAAAUGUGCACAAAAACUUUUGCGAAGUUAUGCCUCUCUGGGUCUUGUAAAUGACUUUCAAAAUGAUGUUCCACGUUUUGUGCAUAGUUCCUUCGCUGAAUAUCUAGUUGCUAGGUACUUUUCAGAAAAUAUUAAUAAUUUUAAAGACACAAUUGCGGACUUGUUGUUUGACGCAAGGUAUAAUAACGUUCGAUUCUUUUUUGACAUGUUGUUGGCUAAAAACUCAAAAGCUCAUAUUGCUGUAUUGUAUAAACGUUACGAAUUACUUAAAAUGUAUGACGACGAAAUUUUAAAUAGCAAAGAUAACGGUGGCAGAAGUGUUUUACAUUUGAUUUCCUCAUGGGGGCAAAGACAUCCGCGUGUAAAAUUAUUGCAUCUACAGAACGAGUGUUUAGUGAUCGAUUGGAAUCUCAAUAAAAAAGCGGAAACCAAAAUAUACUUUGAAACGAUGACGUAUUUGCAACGAAAGAACGAUGCUGCCGAACGUGAUAUGUUGUGGGAUACAACUCCUUUGUUUUAUGCCCAAAAAAGUGAGAGCCUAGGAGCACAAAUACAAUUACUGAAAACAAAAAAGGAUAAGUUGAGACAAUCUCGCGACGACAUAAUUAAUGUUAUAUAUUAUUCUGCAUUACUGGGUUACGACGACUUGUGUGAAGUCUUCACAGUAGAAGAAUUGAAAAAUUUUUGGCGGCGCGAAUUGGAAAUAAUAAUUGCAGAAAAUGAUGAAACACCUGGUGUCGCCAUCAAUUGUAUUAAUAUGUUCGGUGAGACACCACUUUACACAGCUUCUUUUAACGGUCACGAAAAAGUUGUCGAAUACUUGGCGACAGUCGGCGCCGAAAUCAAUCGCGCUAAUAAAAACGGUGCAACACCACUUUACGUAGCUUCUUCUAACGGUCACGAAAAAGUUGUCGAAUACUUGGUGACAGUCGGCGCCGAAAUCAAUCGCGCUAUGAAUGACGGUGCGACACCACUUUACGCAGCUUCUUUUAACGGUCACGAAAAAGUUAUCGAAUACUUGGUGACAGUCGGCGCCGAAAUCAAUCGUGCUAAUAACGCGGGUUUUACACCACUUUACCUAGCUUCACAAAACGGUCACGAAAAAGUUGUUGAAUACUUGGCGACAGUCGGCGCCGAAAUCAAUCGCGCUAUGAAUGACGGUGCGACACCAAUUUACAUAGCUUCACAAAACGGUCACGAAAAAGUUGUCGAAUACUUGGCGACAGUCGGCGCCGAAAUCAAUUGCGUUGAAAAAAACGGUGCGACACCACUUCACGUAGCUUCACAAAACGGUCACGAAAAAGUUGUCGAAUACUUGGCGACAGUCGGCGCCGAAAUCAAUCGCGCUAAUAAUAACGGUGCGACACCAAUUUACAUAGCUUCACAAAACGGUCACGAAAAAGUUGUCGAAUACUUGGCGACAGUCGGCGCCGAAAUCAAUUGCGCUGAAAAAAACGGUGCGACACCACUUCACGUAGCUUCACAAAACGGUCACGAAAAAGUUGUCGAAUACUUGGCGACAGUCGGCGCCGAAAUCAAUCGUGCUACUAAUGAGGGUUGGACGCCACUUUACGUAGCUUCACAAAACGGUCACGAAAAAGUUGUCGAAUACUUGGCGAUAGUCGGCGCGGAAAUCAAUCACGCUGUUAGCGACCGUUGGACAUCACUUUACGCAGCUUCCGCUAAUGGCCACAAAAAAAUUGUCGUAUAUUUGGCGACAGUCGGUGCUGACAUUAAUCGCGGGGAUAUCGACGGUUGGACACCACUUUACGUAGCUACUUUCGCCGGCCACGAAAAAGUUGUCGAAUACUUGACAUCAGUCGGCGCCGACAUCAAUCGCGCUGAUGAUGACGGAAAAACACCACUUGACGUAGCUUCUGAAAAUGGUCACCAAAAAAUUGUAGAACGCUUAAGAAGAGCCGGCGCUCAAACCGGGCAUCAUUCCUUUACAAGGGAUCGUCAGAAAUAAAACUUCCCCAAAGCGUCCAAAUGCAGUGUAAUGUAGUAAGGAGACUGCUCUUACUUGAAAAUAGUAUCUCAUUAAAUUAGACGAGGCAUGAAGAAUAAUAUCCAAAAAUAAACCUAGUUAUAUCCUAAGGAUUUCCAAAAAAAAUUUCAGUUUAUUCCGAGGUUUUUAAUUAAUUUAAAUAAUAAUGUAAAGUCUGUAAAUUGUUAUCGUAUCCGGAAACAAUAAUGGGUAUAUGUUUGUAUAUGUCCACAAAGGAUAACUCCCAUUGUAGUUAAAAAUAGAAAACUAGGGAGCAUAGCACCAAUUUAAAUAUUUGCAACAAAUCAAACGUAUCUUCUACCCGGACAAAUGUAUUCACUCAUUCCAGUAUCCUUGAUUACAAGUUGCGAUGUUAACUGACAAAUCAAGCGUAAUAGCUACUUACUGACAAUUCUUCUAUAUCACUUAGCCCUCUGUCACGAGUGAUUACAAAAUAUUCCCGAAGUUGUAACUCCAAUAAAAAAUUGUAAUCGAUUAUUAUCACCUUUGUAGCGUAUGCAUUUUAAUUGUUGAUUUAAAAAAAAAAACAUGGAAAAGUUAUUAAUGUCGCUUACAAUCACCAAUAAAACAAAAUUUUUGUAAAAAACAUAAAUACAUAACAAUUGCGUUUUCUCUAUUAUUGAACAAAAAGAACUCCAUGCAUGGUACCGUUUAGUAUUACCUACAAAUUAGCUGAAUCGAUUUGUAAAAAAACUGAAAAGAAGGAAAUGACAAUACCACAACUAAGAAAUGGAAAUAUUUUUCGGACAUCCUAAAUUACUGGUUGCAAAGGAAUAAUUCAGCUUAUUUAUAUAAUCUACGUUUCUAGGUAUAUUACGAGAUCCAACACAAUUAUUGCGAAAUAACGAAGCAUUCUAACAAAGUUGCAUGUAUUAAUCGGAAUUCUGGAUAAAACUCUUACAAAUAUCAAAAGGAUAGGAACCGACGAUUCGAUAAACUGACGUAAGAAUUUCAUCUAGCAACGUUCGAAUACAGGACUAAAAUUACCAAAGUGGGACAAUGUUUUCGAGGAUUCUUUAUUAUGUUGACAGACAAAUUAUCGGAAAUUGACAUUUCUCAGAGAGCUUCCAUCUCAAAACAGUCAUGUCAUCAUCCUUUGGGAAACCGCCCUGGGAAUUUCUGUUCCUAUAAAAAUUCUAGCUUAAAGGGAUUUUUUUUUGUUCUGAGUGUCAUGCAUGGAAAAGUAUUCCAAAAAUGUAAUACGCCUUCUUGUAUGUUCAACAAAAUCGAUGACACGAUCUUACGAAGGAAACGUGGUCUCAACGGAGUUCAACAAAUUAUUUAAAAAAAUGAAAUUUCAGCAACAGCUACACAACGUAAUAUUUGGGGCUUAGUCUGGACAAAUUUUCUGAUGAAACGUUGGAAAGGAGCACCACAAUAAUACAUGAUUUUUCUACUGAAAUUUAGAGAUGGCUUCCCAACGUAAUUGUCUUCGAAAAGCGUGAAAAAUAUUAGGGAUUUUUGAAAUUGGCAGAGAUAUAUUUUUAUGUUCAAAUAAAAAGAAUAACUAUUUUACUCCUUAUUACACAAUUGUUAUUUCUAUUAAUAAUAGUUUGUAAAAAAAUCAAAAAUUUGUAUGUAUUAUAUAAAUAUUAAGCAAGAGGUGUAUAUUAAAUGUAUAAAAAUUGGUAUUUAUUCACCGUAAAUUACCGAAAGAAGGAUUGUACUGAAGCAUCCUGAUUUAGAGUUACAAUUUAAAAUAAUUUCGCCCGCUUGACGAAUGGCUACUUUCAUGUUUUUUCAACGUUUCAUAACCCCUCGAGUAUAAAAAAGCAAUCUGUCAUUUUCGUUCAUCUUCUUGUCUGUCGCCUGUGUCGAUUUUUAGACAGAAAUUGUAUGACAACAUUUUAUAGAAAAAUAUGAGUGUGACUGACAGGUGCUAUGUGUUUUUUUUUUAAGACUAGAGGCAUUUUUUUUAAUCCCAGAGUUGUUUUUAUUAUAAUUUCCAUAUAUUUACUUUAAACAUUUUCAGUCUGAAGGAGACGACAUGCAGUUGAUAUUAAGAGAGUGAAUCAAAUUAUCCACGAUUUGAUAACAAAAGUACACACGAAAAUUAUAACAAAUCGAGUGACACUUCAUCUUAUCGAGCCCGAAGAAUUCCUAGCUAUUUCAUCACUCACCACCAUGUAGUGCUAACGAUAAGGCUUGGUCUGUUAUCGCAGCUAAAUAUCUUUAAUUUUAGGGCCUCUAAAGAUUAAGUUAUCACUUUUCCCUUAAUUUUAUAAUAUGUUUGGUUGAAAAUACAGAGAAACGUGGAAGGACAUUCAAGGCUAACAAUAUUCUUACAGUAAGUACCCAGUAAAUACUUAAUGUUAGUACCUUCGAUCAAGUACUCCUUCAAAAUAAAUUUUCUGCGGUAGGUUUUCACUCAAAAAGGCAGGUACUUUCCUGUCAUUUCGUUUUGUUGAUAAAUUAACUUAAGAGGAAUCGAAACGUUCCACUCGCAAUAAGGUGAUUUUCUCUGCUGUCAGGAAAACUUAAAACAACGUUAUAACAACAGAAGAAAGCAUAGUGUCCUUUGUGACACCGUAAAAGCAGGUAUUUCAUUAAAAUCAUCAUAAAUUCGUAACAUGAUUUCUUACUAGAGUUGACACAAAUUACUCUGAGACAAACUACUUGUACGUACAGACUUCAAACGUAAAAUACAAAUUUUUGAGAACCACAAACUCAACAAUAGCACAAGAAUUAUUAAUUUUGGUCGUUAAUUCAAUUCCGACCAGCAUAUACAAAUAAUGGCGUUUAUUUAAGAUCGUGAACAUGUCUAUUUACAAAUAAUCCAUCAAUAGAUUAAGAUCGUAAACGUAUUUCUUCAAAAAUAAUCGUAUUUUAUUAAAUUGUUAACGUAUCUCUUCAAAUCCAACUAGAUGCAACGUUAUUUACGUAUGUACGACUAUGAACAACAUAUCGUUUACAAACGUACCUAACACUUGUGAUCCUCUCAAUUACGUAACGUUAUUACUGAACAUCUAGUAAAAUAGAACUACUCAAACUGUAAACAAUUAAACGUACUUACGUUUUAGCGUAAUACUUACAUCCAUUACGUGGAAAACUAUUAUCAUAAGAAGACUUACAAAGGUUUGUUGCAAUAAUUACAAAUACUUAUGAAUUGUCACCAGUCAAGCAUCCGUUUACUCGUAGUCAGCUGAUGAGAAAUCAACCUCCCAAUAAAUUGUAAGCAAGGCAUCUUCUCGCGCCCCUGAUGAGAUUGCUUAUAUGACCACAUUCUAGGAGUUUCGUUAACUAGUUGUUCGUUUUUCAUAUUAAAUUCGACAAUAACGUAAAACUGAACAUUGUCGAUACCAUCGUCUUCAGAUUUUCCUACAGUUUGACUGAGCUUCGUCACAAGGGUGUUCACAUUGCCGUAGUUUUUGUGUGACAUUGGAUGGCCGUAAUUUUCACAUAAUAACAACACAACAACACAUUUAAACGUCGUAGAAAUGCGCACGUCGGAUUUUGUUAUCCCACUUCUGAUUGUAAAAAGAAUAAAACCUUCUUUUCAAUAUUUUAUUUAAAUAAAGGGUGACUGCGUUACAAGUACGACGUAGGUACGUCAAGAACUCUACAUAAGUGCCCUGUAUCGUGCGUCAUCAUCUUCCGUCAUGCGCGUCUCUGCGCCCUCUGCGUACUCUCGACCCUUAUCGAGAUGCCAAGGUUAAGUGGUAUCAGAAUUAUUCUUACAUAUACCCAUGGUAGAAGGAGACAUGGUAUAGGCAUACGCAUCGGGUGUGACGUCAAGUGGGGUGAAAUUAGCGCGAAAUUUAAAAUACAAACUUUCGUUAUCCGACAACUAAUUGACGUAUUGGACAGAGCAAUGACAACUCAAGCUGAAAUUCCCUAGACUUCCCUAGCGAAGCUCACAAGAGUCACAAGGUCGCUGAUGCCACCUAACGUCACAAAUGGAUGCGCAGACCAUUUUUAAAUUGGUACAUCGGAUGCCUAUACCAUAUCUCCUUCUACCAUGCAUAUACCUAUAUGUAAAAUCAAUUAAAAAUUAAAAAUAAAAAACCUUACCUUUCAUAAACGAGACCAUAAGCUGAUCGUACAAUCUUCGUUCAUCAUGCGAAAGUACAACACUACCGUUAACAAUUUUUUCGGUGAUGUGGUUUUUAACCACUCUCAAAAUAUUUAUAUUGGGAAAUAACCCUUGAGAAUACAUUCCCAGGAUUUGCGUGACCGAAAGAUUAUUUAGAAAUACAGAAAAUUCCAUUUUAUUUCAACGGACUUUAACAACGGACAAUGUCGACACAGCAAUGCUCAAGACUGUGAACUCUUCAAGGGUCGGUGUGGUAAUGGUUAUUUUGUUUCAUUUGCCAAACAAACGGAUGAGUGUUUUAAAUCCCCAUUUACAGGAAAUUUUGUACCUGCUUUACGUAACGACAUUAUAGUAUGUAUAAUGGAGCUGUGAUAACAACCGGGUGCAUUUAAGAAAACACAAACCAAUAUCCCGUGAUAAGGGAGCUGAUAGAGUGGUGAUAACAGACCGCUGCACUUUCGCGACGUUAUAGUUGUAAUGUACUCGUAAUUUGUCAUAUUUUUCCAUUAAACACUAUUGCCUUUCUCUUCUUAUAGGUGUUGGGUAUUUUCCUUGUAUUCAUUAAAAUAUCGUCAAAUGUGUUAGUUUUAGGCGUCUUGUUCCCUUCACCUCAUUAACUAAGUAUUAUAAAAACUUGAAAAACCAAAUGUAAACCAGAGCCGUUAAGAACGUCGCGCGAAUGAUAUUCAGUCGCUGUAUUUGUGGAAAACUAUAAAAUAAAGAAAAACCAUCAGUAGUGCAAA